CACCUGCAAGAACUUUUCCUUCUGUUGGCUUUCCGGUUACAACUAAGAAGUGCCUUGAUUUUUAAUAUUUUAUUUUAACUAAGAAUAAGUGCUUGGCUCCUGGAUUUUUAAGAAAAGUGAUAACACACAGUUGCAGCCAAUAAUCUACUUUGUGCUAACAAGCAAAGAAGUCUUACUUAACCCUGACUUAGGAAACCAUGACCAAAAAAGUUGCAAUUAUUGGAGCUGGUGUGAGUGGCCUGACCUCCAUCAAAUGCUGUUUGGAAGAGGGACUGGAGCCCACCUGUUUCGAGAGAAGUGAUGACAUUGGGGGUCUGUGGAAAUUUACCGAAACCUCUGGACAUGGAAAGACCCAAGUUUACAAAUCUGUGGUGACCAACGUGUCCAAGGAGAUGAGCUGUUACAGUGACUUCCCCUUCGAAGAAGAUUAUCCCAACUACAUGAACCAAGCAAAGAUGAUGGAAUAUCUUUACUCCUAUGCUAAACACUUUGACCUUCUGAAAUACAUUCACUUCAAGACAACUGUGUGCAGUGUGACAAAGCAUCCAGACUUCUCUGCCACUGGCCAGUGGGAAGUGGUGACAGAGACAGAGGGGAAGCAAGAUACAGCUGUCUUUGAUGCAGUCAUGAUCUGCACAGGACAUUACCUGAAUCCUCACUUACCUCUAGAAUCUUUUCCUGGAGUCGACAUAUUUCAAGGCCAGAUCUUACACAGUCAGCAAUACAAGACCCCUCAAAGUUUUCAGGGCAAAAGGGUCCUUGUGAUAGGUCUUGGGAAUACUGGUGGUGAUCUUGCGGUGGAACUCAGUCGUGUGGCAUCUCGGGUGUUUCUCAGUACUAGAACUGGUAGCUGGGUCCUUAGCCGUCUUUCUAAAGAUGGCUACCCCACUUUUAUGAUCUUCAUAACAAGAUUUCAUCAGAUGAUUUCACGCAGGCUGCCUUCAUCUAAGAGAAACUGGAUGAUGAUGAGACAAAUUUCAAAAUGGUUUAACCACAAGAAUUAUGGAUUGGGUAUUCCUAAAGGGAAAACACCAAGCUUUAUUGUAAAUGAUGAACUGCCAAGCUGUAUCCUUUGUGGUACUGUCACUGUUAAGGACAAUGUGGAAAGGUUUACAGAAACCUCUGCCAUCUUUACAGACGGUACAGUGGAAGAGGAUAUUGAUGCUGUGAUUUUUGCUACAGGAUUCACAUUCUCUUUACCCUUCCUUGAAGAACCUACAAGAAGUCUGUGCAAAACUAAGAUCUACCUGUACAAAUAUGUAUUUCCUUCAAACCUGGAAAAGCCAACAAUGGCUGUCAUAGGCCACAUCAGCCUUAAAGGAGCUUUCUUGCCCAGUGUAGAACUCCAGGGAAGAUGGGCCACAAGAGUCUUUAAGGGGUUAUGCAAGAUACCUCCAACAAAUCAAUUGAUGGCAGAGGCUACCAAGAAGGAGCAGCUUGUUAAAAGGGGCAUCAUUAUGAAUCCCAUCAAAGAGACACUGGACUACAUCACCUUCAUGGAUGAACUUGCUACAUUCAUAGGAGCAAAGCCCAGCAUUUUAUCCCUGUUCCUCAAGGAUCCCAGGCUGGGAAAGGAAGUUUUCUUUGGUCCCUGCACUUCUUACCAGUACAGACUGACAGGACCUGGGAAAUGGAAUGGAGCCCGAAAUGCCAUCUUGACUCAAUGGGACCGGACCCUCAAGCCCUUACAAACUCGAAUUGUUGCUGAUUUUUCUGAGUCUAGUGCUGUGCCUCGCUGGCUAAAAAUCUGGGGUGGGGCAUCUGUGCUGUUUUUUGCUGUUCUGCUUGCUUAUAAAUCUUCAUUUCAGAUAAGACUGGUUGGACUUGGAAAACUGGGGAAUAGACUUUCCACUAACCUAGGCAGUAAUUGGCAAGCAUGAAUAACAUCUAUGCAACAACCUCCUCUCGCGUCUGAGUUCUAUAACCUUCAUCACAGGAGAGGAAGCAUAUAGAAUAAUCCUAGAACAAAGGAUCCUAGCAUUAGAUGGAAUGAUUCCAUAUACUUUUGCUGAUGCAUUUAUUCUUACCUGUCUGUGCCAACUGAUCUCUGCUUCCUUGAUUAGAGAAUUUGUUAAUCUCUAAAAUCAUUUACCCUUAGGCCUUAGCCCCUUCUCUGGCUAUCUCAGCCCCCUCCACAGGAGCCAAGACUCUCAGAACUGACCUCUUCCAAUUCUCUUAUCCCAUUAUACCUAUAACUCAGAAUGGGACCAAAUUGAAUAGUCAAUAUCAUUGUCCCCUCCGGCCUCUUCUCUGAUAGUUCACAUAGUACUCUUUCUCCACCCUCCAUUUACUUUCUAUAUAAUCUCUAUCUUCUUGUAGAGAUUGAUUGCCCAACCAUCCCUUAGACUAUCACAGUAGGCUACACAAACACUUGUGUAUGUAUUAUGUACAAGUACUUGCCAGAUUCCAGACUCACUGUACAUUCUUGUUGCUAUUGAGAUAAUCUUGAAGGACGCUCAAGCUGUAAUACCCUCUUAAUUGGUCUCCCUACCUUCAGUUUCUCCCACUCCCUUCCUAUCUUCCAUAAAACUGCUCCCCUGCUUAAUCUAAACUACCUAGCCCAGGAUUUAAGGCCAUCCAAAAUCUCAUUCUACCCUAAUUUUCCAGCCUUAUUUCAUAUGAAAUGACAUACUAUAUCUAAAGCAUUUUACAAACCUUAGAUUGCUAUAUAAGUUUUAUCUAUUAUUAGAUUACUAUCCAUUAGAUCAGAGGAUCUUAAUCUGGAGCCCCAAAACUUGUAUUUCAACAGAAGUCUAUUUCAACAUGAUUGCUUAACUUGUAAUCCCAUGUAUUUUAUUUUAUUCAUGUAAAAACAUGAUUCUGGGAGUCUAUAGAGCACAUCUGACUGCCAAGAGUGCAUCACACACACACACACACACACACACACACACAUGCACCCCAAGAAUCCCUGCUUUAGAGACUCUAUAUUUGACUCAAAUUGGACUAGUAACUAUUUACCAAACUUGGUAUUCCAUCUCACCCUUCCAUGAAAUUGUAUAAACCAUCUGCCAUACCUGAGAAUAAAUUCUUCCUCAUCUCAGC